UUUCGCUUAAACUGACUGAAGGAUGGACGGAAACUGCAUGAAAAGACGAGGAGAAACUACUUUGGAGCUGCUGUUUGCGCACGCGCGAGUAGUGGUCCUUUAUUUGUUUGUUUUUAUUACUUGAAGCGGUGUUUCUCACGCAUGCUCUGUCAUAGUGAUUUGUGCUCCUCAGACUCGGCCUGCAGGAGUCGCCGGCAGGGGUCGCGCGCGCUCUGCGCAGCAGCCUCCGCUCCGCUGCUGUGAUUGGAGUUCCGCGCGCUCAGAGCGCAGCUUUCUCUAGCUCUUUCCAAACACCUGAACGCUCCAAACCAGAUCCUCUGCUGGCCUCUCAUCCCCAUUUGUUCCAUCAGGGAUCAACUUCAGCCAAAAAAAGCCCCAGAAAGCUUCGGAUGAGCUGUUGGAGUUACAAAUGUCCAGCUUCUCCAUCACAUAGACUCCAGGCGUCAGGAGGUGAGAGAAGACGACUGACAGUCCUAGCAGCCAAUCAGGACAGAGCUCUUGGCGUGGAUGGGAGCCGCGGGACACGAGGGGAGGUGCGACGCGGGGAAAAAGCAAAUAGUUGUGUGAAGAGCGUCACUACAGAGCAGAGCGCGCACGGGGAGCGAGCCUGAGGAGCGACAGGAAAAGAGCCGCGUCUGUCCGUGACCGCGGCGGAGAACACGCACGCUCAGCCCCCUGACAUGGAUUACAGUCUCCACUGUUUGGACCGGACCCACCACUCCGGCAGCGCAGAACCUCCCCGGGAUGUUUGUGCGCAGCCGCAGCUCACCAGAGAACGGAGCUGAGCGCGGAAAAGUGCGCGAGGAGAGCAGCCGGAUCCAGGUUUGAUGGACUCGCGUUCCUGGAGACUUUUACGCAUCUGGAGAGUUUCCGCGCGCCACUGAGGCGCAUGGAUACGGCUGCGCGCGCCACAGACCAAUGAUACUCAGGUGUAGGACCCGCGUCCCGGACCCACGCGCACCCGGUUCUCCCACGAUGCCCAUGCUUCUGCUCCUGCUGUGCGUCAUCCACGGAGCGCGCGCUCAGAUCCGAUACUCCGUCCCGGAGGAGGCGGAACACGGAACCUUCGUGGGGAACAUCGCGGAGGACCUGGGUCUGGACCUCACCAAGCUGGCCUCGCGCCGCUUCCAGGUGGUGCCGAGCUCGCGGAGCCCGUACCUGGAGGUGAACCUGGAGAACGGAGUCAUGUUUGUCAAAGACCAGAUAGACCGCGAGCUCAUCUGCAAGCAGAGCGCGAGCUGCCAGCUGAACAUGGAGGUGUUCCUGGAGGACCCCCUGGAGCUGUUCCGCGUGGAGAUCGAGGUGGUGGACAUAAACGACAAUCCCCCCAGCUUCCCGGAGACCGACAUCACUGUGGAGAUCUCCGAGAGCGCGACCCCCGGCACGCGCUUCCCGCUGGAGAGCGCCUUCGACCCAGACGUGGGCUCCAACGCUUUACGCACGUACGACAUGACCACCAACAACUUCUUCUACCUGGACGUGCAGACGCAGACGGACGGGAACAAGUUCGCGGAGCUCGUGCUGGAGAAGCCGCUGGACCGGGAGCAGCAGGCGGCGCACAGGUACGUGCUGACCGCCGUGGACGGCGGGCAGCCGCCGCGCACCGGCACCGCGCUGCUCGUGGUCAAAGUUCUGGACUCCAACGACAACGUGCCCGUGUUCAUGCAGCCCGUGUACACGGUGAGUCUGCCCGAGAACGCGCCCGCGGGCACUCUGGUCAUCCAGCUGAACGCCACGGACCGGGACGAGGGGCUGAACGGGGAGGUGGUCUACUCCUUCAGCAACCACAUCUCCAGCCGCGUAAAGGAGCUGUUCAGCAUCGACGCGCGCACGGGGCGCAUCGAGGUGCGCGCGGAGGUGGACUUCGAGGAGAGCAGCCUGUAUCAGAUCUUCGUGCAGGCCAAGGACCUGGGCCCCAACGCCAUCCCCGCGCACUGCAAGGUCCUAGUCAACGUGGCCGACGUGAACGACAACGCGCCCGAGAUCACCUUCAGCACGGUCACGGAGUCCGUGAGCGAGAAGGCCGCGCCCGGGACCGUGAUCGCGCUUCUGAGCGUGACGGACCGGGACGCGGAGGACAACGGGCAGGUGCACGUGGAGAUCCUGGGGGACGUGCCCUUCAAGCUGAAGUCUUCCUUCAGGAACUAUUUUACUAUCGUCACUGACGGGCCGCUCAACCGCGAGCACGUGGACUCUUACUCCGUGACCGUGGUCGCGCGGGACAAGGGAACCCCGUCACUGGCCACCAGUAAAUCAAUCCGCGUGCAGGUGUCUGACGAGAACGACAACGCGCCCACCUUUACGCAGCCCGUGUAUGACGUGUACGUGACGGAGAACAACGUGCCCGGGGCGUACAUCCACGCGGUCACGGCCCUGGACCCGGACACAGGCCAGAACUCCCUGAUCAGCUACUCCAUCCUGGAGUGUGACAUCCAGAGCAUGUCCGUGAAGACCUACGUGUCCAUCAACGAGGAGACGGGGUACCUGUACGCCCUCCGCUCCUUUGACUAUGAGCAGCUGAAGGACUUCUCCUUCAUGGUUCAGGCCAGAGACUCUGGCGCCGAGGAGCUGGCAUCCAACGCCACUGUCAGGGUCAUCAUUGUGGAUCAGAACGACAACCCCCCCCUUGUGCUGGCUCCCCUGGGCAAAAAUGGAACAGCCAAGGAGCCCCUCCCCCGCUCAGCUGAGCCAGGUUACCUGGUGACCCGGGUGGUGGCCAUGGACGCAGACGACGGCGAGAACGCCCGCCUGUCCUACAGCAUCCAGCGUGGCAACGAGAACGGCAUGUUCCGGAUGGACUGGAGGACGGGGGAGCUGAGGACGGCCAGGCGGGUGUCCACCAAGCGAGACCCCCACCAGAUGUACGACCUGCUGAUCGAGGUGAGGGACCACGGCCAGCCGCCGCUGUCCUCCAGCGCCAGCGUGCUGGUGGUGCUGGUGGACAGCGUCGCUGAAGGCCGCGGCAGCGGAGACAAGGGCGCCACCAGCAAAGCCAAAGACGGCGCCCUGGAUCUGACCCUCAUCCUCAUCAUCGCCCUGGGCUCCGUGUCCUUCAUCUUCCUCCUGGUCAUGAUCGUGCUGGCCGUGCGCUGCCAGAAGGACAAGAAGCUGAACAUCUACACCUGCCUGAUCAGCGACUGCUGCCUGGGCUGCAGCUCCUGCAGCGCGCGGCAGGCCCGCUCCAGGAAGAAGAAGAUCAGCAAGUCUGACAUCAUGCUGGUGCAGAGCACUGUCAACGUGGGGGGGCCCGGCGUGGCCCAAGUCCCCGUGGAGGAGUCUGGCAGCUUCGGCUCCCACCACCAGAACCAGAACUACUGCUACCAGGUGUGUCUGACCCCGGAGUCCGCCAAGACCGACCUCAUGUUCCUGAAGCCCUGCAGCCCCUCCCGGAGCUCCGACACCGACCACAACCCGUGUGGCGCCGUGAUGUCAGCGUACACGGACCCGCAGCCCGACAUCAUCUCCAACGGCAGCAUCUUAUCGAGCGAGAACAAGCACCAGCGCGGGGAGCUGAGUUACCUGGUGGACCGGCCGAGGCGCGUCAACAGCUCGGCCUUUCAGGAGGCGGACCUGGUCAGCUCGAAGGACAGCGGCCACGGCGACAGCGAGCAGGGGGACAGCGACCACGACGCCACGAACCGGGCCCACUCCUCCGCUGUCGAUCUCUUCUCCAACUGCACGGAGGAGUGUAAGGCGCUCGGCCACUCCGACCGCUGCUGGAUGCCCAGCUUCGUGCCGCCCGACGGCCGCCAGGGUCUGGACUACCGCAGCAACCUGCACGUGCCUGGCAUGGACUCGGUCCCGGACACAGAGAGAGGAAAAGGCUUUCCCAGCUCCUUUCGUGUGGACAUACCAGAGACUGCCUGACUGCAUACCUGCUCCCUGACAACCCCCCCACACACAAAAGCUUGAAGUUUGGACCAGCUUUUCUGCCCCCAUCCUUCCCCCCAAUAGAGUCAAACUGAGGAAGACUCCUUCAAGGAGCUGAAUAUUCCCUUUUACUCUGGAGCCAGCCAGCCUGCUUCUGGGAUCUGGGAUUACACGCCAUCCAGACACGGGGGGGGGGGUCAGGUGAAUCAUAGCCUUACUGGGAGGACCUACUUUUCUCAGCAGGACUGAGAAGCCACAGAGGAAUGACGAUGAACACGGAGGCUCCUCUUCAUUCUGCGUGUGCCUGUUUACAGCGCCGUCUCCAGGAACCCAGAACGCCGCGUUGCGCGGCCGAGAGCGGCGCCGGACUGUACAGCAGAACCUGUGUGCAUUUCAAAUGCAAUACUACUGUUCCAGAUUUUUCUAUUCUGUUUUUGUGGUCAGGUGUCGAGUGUGCAGGAUGUGCUUUUCCUUUUCAGCUGAAGACGAUUUGGUUUGUUUUGUUCUCUGAUUCUUUGCGCUCGGCUCUUUCACUCCACUGAGAGUCCGGACACUUUUCUGAUUUUCAGCCGUCGGAUAGUUUCUUUCAUGUGUAAGAAGUGUUUACUGUACUCUUUUAAAACGUUCGAGCUGAAUAGACAACUCUAUAUAAAUCUAUCUAUAUCUACUUGUUCUGAAGGUGUACUAUUUGUUGCUGGGUUUCCCAUUCUCUUACUCAGAGGUUUGACUCUGCUUUAAGUGCCGUGAAGAAGGCCGGCAGGAGGCAGAGCGGCCUUCACAGGUGUAAACUUCACUUCUCAUGGUUGGGCAUCAUCUGACUUCAUUUUUUUCUACCUUUAGACAUUGAUAAAUAUGUCCGUCAGUAAAGAUGAGGUCAUAAUUUAGAUGGAACUUCAUGGUAAUUGUGUGUCAUGGUAACGACUUUAGAGAGAAACAAAGCAGUGUUGUACACAGUUGGAAUCCAGUAUAUUUGCUUCUCACAAACACACUGAAUAGACAAAAAUAAACAGAAAAAUUGUUUAAAGCUC